AUGGAGUCUCCGGCCUGGAUGUUCACCAAGGCCUUGAGCCACAAACAAAAAGUCCAACGGCUCUACAAGCGAGCCCUUCGAGAAGUCUUCAACUGGUAUGGUGGAACUCCGUAAGUCCUCUUCUUAAUUUUUAUUUGCUUUUAGAGUCUCUAAAAAAGAUUCUACUAUAUUACACCGCAGACAAAAUUGAUUUAUUUUGAUAUAAUUUUAGAGUGGAUGUCCGAUACCACCAGGUCUUGCUGAGGGCUCGAUUCGACGCUGCUGCUGAUGAGAAGGACACCCGUAAAGCUCAAGUCAUGUUGGCUGAUGGUUGUCGCGAACUUUGGGAGAAGAGGCAUUAUAAACCCUUCAGGUGUAAGUUUUCCCUUUUUUCUUAUUGUUUUUGGGUUUUAGGUAAUAUAAAAUGGAUAAUAUUAGCUGGAGCAGCUAACAAGCUUGCAAUUAAAUGGCAAUGGCAGCCGUUUUAGUUCUAUUUAUGCUGAGAAUUAUUCGAAUUUAUAUUAUCCAUCAUCUUCAUAGAGAAUAUUUUUUUAAAUCGAGUUUUAUCUCUAAUAUCCAACGUUUUUAGUUGCCCUGGAUCCCGGAGGAAGUGCCUAUGAUCGUGUUCGUGAAAGUCACGACUCCAUCCUGGAUUCGUAUUAUUGGACUGGACCUGAUCGAGAACAAUACCCAUACUACUUCAACCGAAGACAAGAGCGUAAAAAGGAGCUUCUCCAGCACUGGGCCAAGAUCGAGAAGGCCUGGGAUGAGGAGCUGGACAACAUUCAGAAGGAAUUACCCAAAGAAAAGGCAGCCAUUGGCCCGAAGUAG